UUUCGGCUUUUUCAUUUAUGCAAGGCAGUCCAGUGUGGUUUACAGUUGCACAAUAAACUCGAAGAAAUGGCUCGCCUACUUAUUGUUUUUUGAAAUUCGAUUGUGAGCUCCAGUCUUGUUUGUUAUACGGUUGAGAAAAAUUUUGGGAGUUUGAUUUUCAAACGUUACAACCCGUGGAUUUUAUUUUAAAUCAAAAUGAUGGAGACAACGUAUGACAUGUCUGGUUCAGUGUCUGCUUCUAUGAAUUACCUUACUCUACAAACCCCGUCCAAGAAAUCUCGCAGGAAUAAAGAGGAUUCUCAUCCAGUUAUUACAUCCAAGAUAUGUUUAGUGGGAAGAGUGUGUGAUGUGAAAGGGGUUCAAGAAGCUGCCGAAAGUUUUGGAGUACCAGUAUUCCAUUCAGAAGAUGGUCUUGAAUUUGUUAACCCUCAGCAUGACACAGUGUUUGUUCUGUAUGAGUUUUCCGAUGAAGUGUUUGAGGUUCUGUACAAGAAGGAAUGCAGGAUUCUGGGCUACUCAGCUUUGCUUGACAUAGUUUCUAAGAAGUAUUUUAUGCCUGAACUUGAUCGGCCAUUGUUUUCUAUUUCAAUGGAGAAUGUAGUAUCCUGCUUCACUGGCUUUAGAAAUCGAGAGGAAGUGAACACACUGGUCUCUUGUAUCCAUCACAUGGGUGGCAGCAUUCGAAAGGAAUUUGACUGUAACAAAAUCACCCACCUUAUUGCCAAUAAAGUUGGAGGAGAGAAAUAUCAGUAUGCAGUCACAUUCAAUAUUCCAGUUAUGAGUGCUUCGUGGGUCCACUUAGCGUGGGAAAAACGUCACGAUCUAAGUGUUCGUGCCAUUGACUCCACAAUGCAAACGAACAACGCACUCAAGAUUUUUGAGGGCACCAAUGUUUGCUGGAUAGGUAUUAAUGACGAGGAGGUUACUCAAAUGAACGAAAUUUUGACUACCAACGGAGGAUCUGUAACUACAUUGGAUGAUCCUAACUGCACGCAUGUGGUAAUAGACCCCCUUGGAGUUGGAAACAUUCCAGAGAAGCUACCCAGUAAAGCUAUGUUGGUUGAAGUUAAAUGGUUUUGGGUUUCAAUUCAAAUGGAUAUUUGUGCCAGUGAAAAACUUUAUCCUUAUAAAGAGACUCAUUUGACGAGCCCAAGGAAUGGGGUAUUGUCACCCACAACUCCAGGAUCUCGAAACCGCAAGCGUAAACGCUUGAGAGACACAGUGUCUCAACUUGCUGCUCAAGGAGGAUCGCCUGGCUUACUUCAAGUUCCAUCGUCUGGUCAUGACACUCAUCGCCGCCGUUCCUCGAUUAGUGAAUCUGGCUUACUCAGCCUAAGUGGAUCGUUUCUAGAUGCCACGAGUCCCGAGAAAGUGGGGGGUCAAGGUGAUCUCACCAUUUCCGUUCCUACACCACAGGAUCUCAAAGCAAUGUCCCCUCGACAUCAGGUGUUCAUGGAAUUGUUGCAUACGGAAAUGAAUUAUGUGGAAAUACUGGAGACAAUUGUUGAGGUGUUCAAAAAGCCACUUGAGGAUCCUAGCCAAGUUGGAGGCUCUUUGCUUGAUCCCACGGAGGUCAAAAUCAUUUUUGGCAAUCUACCGCCUAUCCAUGAAAUCCAUUUCGAGUUACUUGUGCAACUUAAAAAUACCGCACUCAACUGGAGAGAAGACAUCAGCGUCGGAGCUUUAAUUUUGAAGCAUUCGCAUGACUUGGUUAAGGCCUACCCUCCUUUUGUCAACUUUUUUGAGCAAACCAAAGAAGUGUUGAGCAUGAGCGACCGAUCGAAGCCACGUUUCCACGCAUUCCUUAAACUGGGUCAGAGUAAUCCCAAAUGUCGACGGCAGAGCCUACAAGAGCUUCUUAUUCGUCCUGUUCAACGACUACCAUCCAUUAGUUUGCUUUUGAACGAUUUACUCAAGCAGACCCCAAAAAGCAAUCCGGAUUACGGUGAACUGGAGAAAGCUCUGUCCACGAUCAAAGAAGUAAUGACGCACAUCAAUGAAGACAAACGGAGGACUGAGGGUCAAGUUGUCCUUUUUGACAUUUUCAACGACAUCGAAAACUGUCCUGCACAUAUUGUUUCUUCCCAUCGUAGCUUUGUAUCCCAAUGCGACGUUAUUGAAUUGGGCGAUGGUAUUGUUGGUCGUGGUGGGCAGCUGACACUCUUUUUAUUCUCCGACGUCAUUGAGAUAUGCAAGCGUCGAUCAAGAGGUAAUACUUUAAGGAGGGAUGUUAGCACAAUCAGCCUCCAGCCGCCAAGAGGAGGUGCUGAUAAAGGAAGCAAACCUACUUACAAGCAUGUCGAAUUAAUAUCGGUUUCCCAUGUUAAAAGGGUUAUCGACAUUACGGAAACAGAAGACUGUCAAAAUGUGUUUGCCUUAAUUUGCCGGAGUCACUACGAAACAAAAGAGCGCCUUUAUUCGUUCGAAAUUACUUCAGAAGACGUAGACAAAGUUGCAUUCUUGAAAACUCUUUGUCGAUUGAUGGCAAACAUCACCUGCAGGGCGGACGCGGAAAACUACCUGGCGUGCAUGGAAGCUCGUCAGCUUGAUAUAGAUACAGGUGACUUAGCUUCGGGCACUCUAAGAAGAGCCGCUAGACUUGCAUCAAAGACUCGCAUGGCCGUUAACCGAGCGUUCAGUUUCAGCAAAACGCCGAACCGUCUGAAAAGAGCAAUGAGCACAGUAAUGAGUCCGCUGAGGUCUUCAAACACCUCAAUUCUCGGCGAUACCUCUCUUGUUAGCCCCAUGAUGAACGGCGGAGCGGUGGGCAUGGCGGCUAGUUGUGCCAACUUGGCGAUGAUGGAUUCUGACACUGGACUAAAAACGACACCGAGUUCUUCGACUUUAAAAAAUUUCAAGAGCAAUUCCCUUGGGUUUAAUGCGCAUAAACGUUUGUAAACUGGCAUUCAGCGGAGUAUUCAACCAAAUUAGAAAAUAGACAUAAUGAAAGGCGAACCAACCGCGGAACCAGAUUUCACUUCAAGCGAACGCGAUUUUUCUCCUCUUAUGAGCCAAUUUCAUGAACCAUUUAUCAUAUCCUCACAAUUCUGGGUGCCUAUCGUCUUCCCAUUAUGUAUCAUAUACCUUCUUUUUUUUCCCCCAAUUAUUAUUAUUUGUGUGUGUUUUGGAUAGGCUAGUAGCUCGUCUUCCCUCCAUUUUUGUGAGCAUCUACCCCCCUUUAAACAAAUUUUACAGGACAUGGGCUUGGCAGCUAAAGUAAUUAUGAGCAUCAUUUUGUGUGACGAUGGUAUUUUACUUUAGCGGGAUGUUGGAAUCUGUUUUGAUAGAGCGGAAGAGUAACAACGGAAGCAGGGCAACCUUUUCCCUCCCACAUGAUUUGAAGAAUGCCGAUAUGUUCGGUCACCUGUUAUAUUCUAUUAUGAGAAAACUAUUUUAUCAUGCUUUGUUCGUCCCAGCUAAUCCCCCGCUCCUUACGCUGGCUUUGCAUCUGGCAAUACUUCAUUUCUUUUACAAUUUCUUUUGAUUAGUCUCUGCUUUCUAGUAGAUCAAACGAAAAACUAAAUUUCUAAUACACACAUCAACGUUGACUCGGUCGAGUUAGCCUCAACACGUCAA